AUGUACGAGCAUCGCCUCCAACGGUGGAUUCUGGAGCACAGCGCCUACAGUAGUCGUGGUAGCAAGGUCUGGUCUGGUCUGGCCUGGCCUGGCCUGGCAGCUGCUGCGGUGUCUCUGUCUCUGUGCCGUGCUGUGCUGGGGUUGAUUCUUGCAGCCAGCCGGUGGUUCUGUCGUGAUCGAUGCCCUGGUGAUGAUGAUGAUGAUGAUGAUGAUGACGAUGACGAUGAUGGCGAUGGUGUUGAUGUUGGUGUUGAUGUAGAGGAGCAAAAGAGAAGCCGAGUUGUGAAGCCCCGGAAUGGAUGGCGGAUGGCGGAAUAUCGAUAA